AUGCUCCUGUUUGGCUACCCUAUUUAUCUCUUCUGGAAUGUCUCCGGUGGCCGUGUUGGGUAUGAUGGCCGCUCUUACAACAAGACGAGGCCCUCCCACUUCAACCCUGAAGGUGGUCUCUUUCCUCCUCACAUGAAGGAGAAGGUUCUCCUCAGUGUCCUAGGUUGCGCCAUCAGUCUUCUCAUCGCAGCCUAUUGCACGACGAUUGUAGGCUUUCACAACGUGAUGUUGUGGUAUGGCUACCCUUAUCUCUUUACUAACGGUUGGCUUACCCUCUACACAUCCCUGGAACAUACACAUAAAGAUGUCCCUCAUUACGGUGAUGAGGCCUUCACCUUCAUCAGAGGGGCUCUAACUUCUAUCGACCGUCCAUCUUAUGGUUUUUUUUCUUCUUGUUUCCAUCACGAUGUCGGUGAUACACAUGUGCUGCAUCAUAUCGACUCGAGGAUACCUUGCUAUCACGCGAGGGAAGCUACUGAAGCUAUCAAACCUGUUCUUGGACAUUACUACAGAGAAGACAACACCCCAAUAGUGAAGGCGUUUUUGCGCGCUCAUAGAGAUUGCAAGUUCAUUCGAGGCCUCACUGGUGUCCAAUUCUAUGAGCCCGGGCAGUCUGCGGAGUUCUUCGGUCGUAGUCUCCGUCUGCCAUUGGAAGGUGCUCUAGAGAGCACUGGAGUUGCUGCUGAGGCCAAUGCUACUCCCGAAUCUGAGGAAGUCAGGAAGGAGAUCCGUGAUGAGAUCGAUCAUCUGGUGGGCGCAGCCUUGCGUAUCCGCGAUGAUGAGGUCAGUACUGCUCGCGGCCGCCUGCGCAGAGGCCCUCCAGUUGUGGGUUCGACCGUACUUGUCUAUGAGGCCGGGAUCGCUGGCAAAGGGGGAACUUAUAAUCGACAACCUUAUGUCGUUGAUGAUAUUUUUGAUGGCACAACCUUAAAACUAUCUAAGGUUGGUGAACCAUCUUCUGUUAGAACUAGUCAUUACUUGAAUGUUCGUCCGUACUAUGGAUCAUCCGCGGGGCAUGUGAGAUAUUGA